GUUUUAACUUUGACAUCAGCCGACAGGGUAUAAUACACAAUUUGUACUAAGUAUAGGCAUCGAAAGUGGCCCAAUUUUUAUAUGUGGUUGCCUAUUCACAUUCUAAUGAUAUUCAGCAACAUUUGUAGACGUUUGCAAUAGAGUGGACUGCAUACGACGACCAUAGUCCCCUUUUGGGCUGGAAAUGGAAGACUAUAAAUAUUUAUUCAAAAUAGUUCUCAUCGGAAAUGCUGGUGUUGGUAAAACAUGCUUAGUGAGAAGGUUUACCCAGGGUUUGUUCCCACCUGGUCAAGGAGCAACAAUAGGUGUAGAUUUCAUGAUAAAAACACUUCAAAUUGGAGGAGACAGGGUAAAACUACAGGUUUGGGAUACUGCCGGACAGGAACGCUUCCGCUCAAUCACUCAAAGCUACUAUCAUAGUGCCGACGCCCUUGUUAUGGUCUACGACGUUACGUCACGUGAAAGUUACAAUGCCUUACCGGAAUGGAUGAAAGAGGUGGAGACAUAUGCAAGUCCAAAGAUAAUUACCGUUUUAGUUGGGAAUAAGACUGACCUUGUGUCAGAGAGGGAGGUCAAAUCUGAAGAAGGUCAAGUGUUUGCUGACGAAAAGAGAAUACAGUUUUUGGAAACAUCAGCGAAAGAAGCAGAAAACGUAGACAAACUCUUCAUAGACAUCGCCGUGGAGUUGACGAAUACCGUGAGGAACGUAGAGAUAAAGACCGACUCGGAGGAGGUACCUAUCAAGGAACAUCACAGUGUCACCGGCUGCUGUAGAUAGAGGGCAGUGUUCAAUUUCAUUUGAUAUGCUUGGCUAAACAUGUAUGUUUCCAAGGUGACAUGGUGUUUAAAUGGUCCCUUGUAAAACUGCUUGUCCCUAAAUCUGUCCAGACUAUCAAAUUUACUUUGACAAGAAACUGAUGUGACUAUAUAUGGUCAUGAUGUGCCCAUAUAUAGUCAUGAUGUGCCCAUAUAUAGUCAUGAUGUGCCCAUAUAUAGUAAUGAUGUGUCCAUAUAUAGCCAUGAUGUAUCCAUAUAUAGUCAUGAUGUGAUAUCAUCAUGAGCAUUAUAUAUAUUAUAGGCACCUCACAUGUUUUUGUCAAAUAUAAUUUCAAGUCUGAAUAGCUCUUAACAGUGGUAUACUUCCAGCUACAUUCACUUCAACAAAAUUGCUUCUAGUUGGUUCGCGUUGCCAUAUGAAAUUGCAUGGCCGUUACGAUAUAAUCAAAUUUAGUAUGAUCUUCCCUUGUUGUACUUAAUAUUUGAUAACGAAUAACACAAGUGUGUGAAAUUUUGCUAGUAUAUAAUUUUUUUUAAAAUAUUUAUAUAAUUCUAUUUGAUUUCAUUAUUGUUUAUCAUUGAACUGAACAUUCUUUCAAUUUAUUUAAAUUUGAUUUUGCAAUAAAUGGUAAUUUUAACUACCCUAAUAACUCUACAAACGUUCAAAGUACAGAGGUAUGACCUGAUAUGACACUGUAUGCUGCAUGUUUCUUGAGUGCAAUAUUUUUACCAUGUCCAUAUUUGCCAAUAUUUAUUUUAAAAGUGCAUUGACCCCUAGCAAUAUUAUUGUAGUAGAUUUUUGACUUUCAAAUAUCUUAAUUAUUAAUUUUGUGUUUUUUUUGUUUUGUUUUUUUUUCAUUAGUGAACCAGAAAGGAAAACCCCAUAAAAUGUAGCAUACUAAAUUUUGAGGGUUUUUUUGUUUAUUUUUUGAUGAGAUUAAGUGAAUUUUUUUUUAAUUGUACUGUACGUCUAUUAUUAACAUAUAAAUAAUUUUAUAAAUCCAUAAGUAAUUUUAGAGCUUCAUUUUCCACCACCAAUAAUAAUAAUAGUAAUAAUUUAAAUAAUAAUAAAUAAAAAGGUGAAAAAGAAUUUAAUAACUUUACACUAUUUUAAAUCUUCUGGAACUGGGCCAAAUCACUAUAAUCAGGAUUUCUGUUUGCCUUAAUCACAAGCUCUACACAAACAAAUAAAUUUCAAUAAUUUUCAUAGAUAAUUAAUGGAUGUGCACAAACUAAUAAGUUUGAAUGAUGAAAAGAAAAAAAGGAUACAGUAGUUUCUCCCUUUUUUCCCCAUGAUUUUAAAUAUUCCUAAACCUGUAUCUCAUUGACCGUUCCCGAACUUUUUCGUCAAAUAUGCUUUUUGUGUUUUAGAAAAAUCAGUUCUAUACAUAUCAAAUUUUUUUUCCCUUCCAGAGCCUGACUUUAAGCUUUUUGAGGAUCUGAGAUCCAAGAGAGGAUCUAAAAUAAUGAGUCUAUUUCGUGAAUACUUACCUGGAUAAACCAACUAAUUGCCAUUGUUCCUAAAAUAUUGAAACUAAUGUAAGCAGAGUUUUCAUUUGUCAUUAAAGGGCUUGAUAGAAGGUAUUCUCAGGCCUUCAACGGGGUACUCUUUAUGGUUGGGCUGUACUACCUUUUUGGGCAAAUUCCCUCCGUUUAAAACAGCCGCAUUAAACUCUUGCAUUAAACAUUAUGAAUGCUUCAGAUCUUGGCCCCCUGACUCCACCUGAACACUCUCCUCCAAACUGACCAGUAGACAAACCCCAUGUAGUUAUCACAGGCUACAAACUUAAUUUCUAGCCUUUCCAAAAAAUAUGUUUUUCUGAGGCUUACCACAUCUAAGCUAUAGUUGCUACCUCAACGAGAUGUGUUGUUUUUUGGUAGACUUUGAAAAUGGUGCCGUCAAAAUGCUGUGGAAUUUACUUUUAUUUAUGAUAUUAUUUCAGGGUGCGUUUAUUUAUAGGAAGGAGCAGGAUGAUAUUUUACAUAUGUUUUUUUAUAUGAAUUGUUUAAUUGUUUUCAAUUUUUACCUACAAGUUUUAAUAUUUUGAUGUGCAUUCAUUUUUAUUAAGUAGAUUUUAAAACAUGACAAAGCUUUUGUUAGAGAUAAUUUUUAUGACUGUUUCAAUAUUUAUUUCAGUUUCAGUUUUGAAAUGAGGACAAAUUGAAUUUACAAAUCUAUCAGCAUUUUUUUGGAAGAAUUUGUAAGAUUAGUUCUGUCCAGUUAUCAAUUUUUUUUUUGACAGGAAAAUAUGGUGUAUCCAUAUAUAGUCAUGAUGUGAUGUGAAUUCAAUUUUAUUAGUAUAUAUCUUUUUUACCAGUAGUUCAAGUUUGACCUGUACAUGUAAGUUACUGUAACCUUUAACCUCUAUCAAUACACAUUUUUAAAUGCUGUGAGUAUAAAAGUUUAAACUUGAACUAUAAACUAUUCCUUAAAAACAUUUGAAUGCUUUGUUUUUCAAAUAAUUAUAGAGCAAGUGUAUUUAUUGGUGUUUAUUAGUCCUAUACUAGGUAAAUACUACAAUAUUUUCAAUACAAUGGCCAUUCAACUGGUUCGUUUCGUUGACAACGCUUUUUCGUUGAUUAUUAUUUUCAUUCGGCUGGUUUGUAAAAACAGACUUUGUUGACAAUGGAAAUUAACGUAAACCAGAGUGUGUUAAUUUGCAAUAAGUUAUCCAUGUGACCAAAACCAACAUAGCUGAUUAGUCAGUUUUGCAACUACAUUUGCAUAAAUAUAAAUUAGAUUAAAUUUCAGAAAAUAUUCAUAGUUUUUACCCACAUUUUUUUUAACGGAAAACGUGUACUGCCACAAACCGAAACAACCGUGAUUCGCUUGCUACUGUGUAUUGCAGUAGCCACGCAGCCUUUUUAUUUCGUCGAGUAUGUACCAGUUUUUUAGUCUGGUCGUCUUCUUUAAGUAUUAUUUUACUGCUGCGUGGUUCAACAAAGAACAACCAGUCGAAUACGGCCAAUGACUUGCAUUUACAAAGUGUUGAUGAGACAUUGAAACAUUUAACUGAAAUUGUAUUAUAAAUUAAAGAUUCAAGAAAAUUUGGUGUCAUUUUAAAAUUAAGAAUGUGUAUAUUUAGAAAAAAAAAAUGAGGGAUUACCUGUUUUUAACUUGUAUGAUAUUUCUACAUUGUAAUUAUGAAAAUUAUGAACAUUAUAAGACGAUGCAAUGCAAUGAAUUAUUAAAAGAAAAAAUAAUUGUAAAAUUAAUUA